AUGGAAACUGGUACUGAUAUGAAAAAAGUUUCAUUAACUCAAGCCUUUCUUCAUCAAGAUGCUUACACAUCAAAAUUAAAUAAUAACAAUCAAACAGUUAUAAUUAAACGAAAAUAUUCUAAUGGACGUAAACCAUCAAAUGAUCCAUCUAAACAAUGUAUAUCACAUACAAGUCGAUUUAUGAAACGUUUUGAACGUCAAUAUAAAAAUCAUGGUACAAUAACGAAUGUACAAAAAAUGUGAUUUUCCAUUAUUUCAAUAACAAGAUCAUCAUUAACAUCAUAUCACCAUUCAUUACCAUUUUUAAAUCAUCUGCUUCCAUCACGAACAACUUCAUUUAGUACAAAUACUUCAGCAUGUAAACCUAUUGAAUCAACUAAUACACGAUCAACAACAUCAUUCGCAUUGAAACGACCUCAAGUCAUUAGUAAUUCAAUAGGUGCAAAUUGGUUCGGGCAAAGCUAA